AUGGUCCACAUCCAGGACCUCCCAACAGAGCUCCUGGAAAACAUUCUGUCUUUUAUUGCCGAGCCCGACGAUUAUAAAAGCGCGGCAGGCAGGGAAGACACGGUGAACAAAUUGCAGAGGGAACUGCCAAGGGACCUACAGCGGGACGACUGGGAUGACGACGACUAUGAUGAUGAUGAUGAUGAUGAGGACGAGGAUGAGGACGAGGAUGAGGAUGACGAUGAGGAUAUGGAAAAGGAGGACGAUGACCAUCACGAGCAUGAGUGUCUACGCAAUAUCUGUCUCGUCUCGCAGAGAUUCCGCGCCCUCGCCCAGCCGCGUCUCUUCCGCUAUUUCGAGGAGGAUGGGUGGCAAGGUGGUAUCGUCAAGACCAUGACUUUCGCCAAAAUCCUCUAUGGUCGGCCAGAGCUCGGAAAGCAUGUCCAGAUGAUCAGCAUUACGCCUCUCGUGCCCGAGCCAGGCAAAGAUAGCCCUCGGCGGCUCCCCGAAGAUGACUUCCAGUUCUUCACAGGCGUCAUCCAAGGCCUUGAUUUAGCUGAUCAGGAGAAACAAGUCUGGAUACCGGCGGCGAAGAAAGGCUCCGUCGGCGUGUUUGUCGCAUUGCUGGCGCAUCAGACCCCCAAUCUUCGUGCACUACAUCUGCCCGGCGAAGGAUUCUUCUUGCAGCCACUCACUCGUCUCUUCAGUCACUAUCCAUCGUUUCUGUCGAACCUCGAGUCUGUCCAUAUCGAAAGCGACGUGGAAGAAUAUGUCAAGGGCUACAAUAUUGCUAACUACAAGCAUUUCCUUACCCUCCCCAAACUCACGUUCCCGACAUUCGAGUACGGCGAUCUCGUCGACGCAUCAUUUCCCUCUACCUGGGCGCCGGGCACAUUGGCGACAGAGCAAGUGGCCUUCCACCACUGCCACCUCGACGCGGGCGCGAUCAAAAAGUUCAUGCAGGCGUGCAAGACAUUGAGAUCCUUCACCUAUCAGAAUUUCUCCAUGAAUCCAGACCACGUUGUGGUCCACACCAUCAAACAGAGAGCCACGAGCGAGUUCAACGCUGCGCAGGCCCACGAAGCCGCCCUCCUGCACAAGGAUACUCUGGAACAUUUCCACGUCGAAUUUUAUCGGGACAUAGGGGCCUUCGAGACCAUCGAGCGCGUUCAGGCAUACAUGUCCAGCCGUCCCAAGAUCGGCUCGUUUCGCGACUUCGCCGUCCUCGACACCAUCAUACUCCCACAUGCUGUUCUGCCACCACACCCUCAGUUCCCGCCCUCCCUCAAAAUGCUCCGUAUCACCGACUGCAACUCCUCGAUUCGGGACUUGGUCCAGAACAUCGCGGAAGACGUCCAAAAGGGACUGUACCCGGCGCUUAGGGAGUUCAGAAUCCUCGCGAUCGAUGUCACCAAGCCGAUCAAACUUCCCGGGCAGCGCAUUCCGCCAGGGAAAACGCCCGAACAAUGCUUCCGCUCUCUGCACGAUCUGUUCCAGGGCACGAAAGUGGAUUUCAUGAUCUCGCCGUAUGAAAUGUCGGAUUUUCUGGAUGACUUGGACGAUAACAUUGAGUAUGGCCUUGACCCCGAGCAUGAAUACGGGUUGUAUGGACCUGGGGCACCCGGUGGACGGGGGGCCCCCGGAUGCCAGGUCUUUUCAAUUUGGUUAUGCAGCGCGCUUUGCAGGAUCCGGACUUUGCGCACCUUCGUCCGCAUGCUGAGCGGUGAUCCUUGGAACUGA